AUGGCUCCUCCUUCGCAGCUCGCAAUCGCUACCUCAGCAGUCAACCGCCUUGUCAAGGAAGAGGCAAGCUACCACAAGGAGCUGGAACAGCAACAAGCUCGCAUUGAAAAGCUCAAGCAAGCCAGCAGCGAUGAAGAAAAUGCCGAAUGGAACCUGAAGCAGGAGGUUCGUGGUUCCAAUCAAUCGCUUUCGGGACAGAAUAUUGACAAUGUGCAGAACAGAGCUCUUGACGAGACCAAGGCCAUGUUCCCUCAACUCCGCAAUCGUAUUCAGGAAUCCCUGGCCAAGCUUGAACACCAACUCGAGCAGGGUGAACAAAACAGCCCUGAAGAGACCUCAAAGGCAAAGGAAGCCGUAGCCUCAGCCAAGAAUGCCAUCAACGAGUCUUCUUAG